AUGUCAGAGCAAUUCCACCGUGCCCUCUCGGCCAUUGAUGCGGCACACUCGCAAGACCCAACGCUCACCACAGUCGACAACAAAACCAUCCCCUACGAACUCCACUAUGCCGAAAAGAUGACUUCAUAUCUAGGCUCCUACAACCCAUCUGCAUCGGAAGCAUUACGUCUAGCCAUCCGCGCUCAGCAUCUCCGCCGGUGGGAAAUCCCACGCGCAUCCUACCCGGCUACGAAAGCCGGGUAUCUGAACUGGCGCACGUUCCUUAAAAACCGCCAGGCCGACCAGGCGCGGCAAAUCUGUCUCGAUGCUGGGUAUUCGCCAGAGGAGGCGGAACGAGUUGCUGCGUUGGUGCGCAAGGAGAAUUUGAAACGGGGGGCUACUAGUACUAGCACCACCACUACUACUACUACUACUACGGAGGGAGAAAGGGGGCUGGAUGAGACGCAAAUAUUGGAAGACGUGGCGUGCUUGGUGUUUCUGGACGACCAGUUUGACGCGUUUGAGAAAGGCGUGGAUGAAGAGAAGAUGCUGGGUAUUCUGAGGAAGACGUGGAGUAAGAUGUCGGGCAAGGGACGCGCGAUGGCGCUGCAGAUCGAGAUGAGCGAGCGAUGCAGGGAGUUGGUGCAGAAGGCGUUAGCCUGA